UCGAAGAGAAAUCUCCCGCCGUUUUAGUUUUCUUGGAAAGAUUGCCACUGGUUUUCUAAGAAACCGGCGACAAGGAUUUAAGACUGAAGAGAAGAGAACGGAAGAGAACAGAAGAGAAGCGGAAGAGCUUUUAUCGAGAGUCGAGACGAGAACAAAGGCGAAGAGAGAGAAGUUGCAGCAUUUUGUCUGUGGAUUUAGAAAAUGAAAAACAAGGGAAAAGGACUCUGGGGCCCUGGAACGAAGCUAGGGCUGCCGGCUGUCUUCCUCUCAUGCAUCGUUUUCUUCCUUGUUGGUCUCUUCGGUUCCAUGCUCCGAAUUCAGGAUGUUUCUGGCCUCCGGAGGUCGAGGUUACUUGAAUCAGUCGACAAGAUGACAGAUUACAGUCCGAUGCCGCAUGGAGAGACUGGAGAAACUUCGGUUGCUUCGAUGCCCUUUCAGGUUCUAAGCUGGAAGCCUCGAGCAUUAUAUUUUCCGAAAUUUGCUACUGCAGAACAAUGCAAAAGCAUAAUAAAAAUGGCAAAGGCUAACCUUGAACCAUCAACCUUGGCUUUGCGGGAAGGAGAAACUGUGGAGAACACUAAGGGGAUUAGGACAAGUUCAGGCACUUUUAUCAGUGCAUCAGAAGACAAAACUGGAAUCUUGGACACCAUUGAGCAGAAGAUUGCUAGGGUUACAAUGCUUCCAAGGAGCCAAGGAGAGGCAUUUAAUGUCCUACGGUACGAGAUUGGGCAGGGGUAUCAUUCUCACUAUGACGCAUUCAACCCAGCUGAAUAUGGCCCACAAAAGAGCCACAGGGUUGCUACCUUCUUGUUGUAUCUCUCUAAUGUUAAAGAAGGUGGGGAAACCAUGUUUCCUUAUGAGAAUGAUUUUGUGGACUUCAAUUAUGACUACAAAAAGUGCAUUGGAUUGAAAGUGAAGCCACGCCAAGGGGAUGGAAUUUUAUUUUACUCAUUGUUUACUAAUGGUACUAUCGAUCCGCAUUGGGUCCACAAUUCAUGCAGACAUCACUUCAUGGGAGCUGUCCAGUGAUUGAAGGGGAAAAAUGGGUAGCAACAAAGUGGAUCAGAGAUCAAGACCAGGAAGGAUAAUUGAAUGUUGUUCGGCAGUUUGAUUCUUCUCUCCCCGCCCCCCUCCAAUAAUGUAUUUUGCUUCUAUUUUUCCGAUUGUAUCUGUGAUUUGAUGCUUAAAUGAUUAUUCUUCUAGCAUCAAAGUUCUAAAAUUAUCAUCUUGUUUCUCCUUACUCAGAGGGAUCUAGCGAUUCUUCUCAGAUGACAAGAAUAAGUGUUGGCGGCAUGCAAUGGAUGCCAAUUAAGUGUCAA